CUUUGCAAUCUUCAAUUCUUCAUCCCUCCCUCUGUUCAGUGCUCACAACCCUAUCUUCUCCAUCUUCAUUACACCAUGGGAAGAGCCACAGGAUCGACUGCUCGAUACCUUGGGUUUCUUUUUCCGAUGGCCUUUCUUCUCUACGUCAACCACGCAUGGCUCCCAGUGGGGGCUACCACCCAAGAGCUGCUCAGAGGCUUCACGGCCACUCCAGACCCAACUGCAUCGUCCUUCCAACCUCUUCUCCACAACCCCAACGGAACUUUCUCUCUGGGCUUCCUUCGAAAUGGAAGUUCCCAACUCGCUCUCGCUAUUGUCCAUGUCCCUUCUUCCGAACCUGUGUGGCUUGCGAACCCGACUCGUUGGGCGCGGUGGUCGAAACCCACUGAGCUCUUCUUCAACGGUAGCCUCGUGUUGUCCGAUCCGCACACGGGGGUGCUCUGGUCUACUCGUACCGACGGUGACCGUCUUCUUAUCCUCGACAACGGAAACCUUCAGAUACAGAAGCUCGAUGGUUCAGGUUCAGUUCUCUGGCAGAGUUUUGAUUCUCCGUCUGAUACGCUUCUCGAGAAUCAGAAUUUUACGGUCCAGAUGUAUCUGGUUUCGUCAAAUGGCCUCUAUUCUAUGAGAUUGGGAGACGAUUUUAUUGGAUUGUACGCCGAGUUCAAAGCAGGGUUGGACCAGGUUUACUGGAGGCACAGAGCCAUGGAAGAGAGAGGACACAUUGUCGACGGCAAUGGAUCAAUUUAUGCUCGAAUCAGCCCGAAUGGGUUUCUGGGUAUGUAUCAAACGGAAACAGCUCCCAUCGAUGUGCAAGCUUUUAAGACCUUUCAAAGGCCAAUUUCAGGAAUCCGACGGGUCAGGUUAGAAUCAGAUGGGAACCUCAGGGGUUAUUAUUGGUACGAUUCAAAGUGGGUAUCCGAUUUCGAAGCGAUCGACGAGGAGUGCGAGCUCCCGAAUGCGUGCGGAUCGUACGGUCUCUGCCUUCCGGGGGGAGGUUGUAGGUGCCUGGAUAACCGAAGAGAGUAUUCCUCCGGCGGAUGUUUUCCGCAAGAAUCCGGUGAUUUCUGCAACGUAAGAGGCGAAAACGAUGCGAUCAAUUAUUGGGUUCUGAGGAGGGCAGGUGUGGAGUUGCCUUUCAAGGAGCUGAUGGGGUUUGAGCAGAUGGGAUCUUUGGAAGAAUGCGAGAGUUCUUGCAAGAGUAACUGCAGCUGUUGGGGAACUGUCUUCCACAACGUUUCCGGGUUCUGUUACGCUGUGGAUUAUCCGAUAAGCACGUUGGUGAGUUUCGGAGACGGCAGCAAGAUUGGGUAUUUCAAGGUGAGGAAAAUCAAGGAAGAGAAGAAAAGGGGAGUGGGGGUUGCAGGUGGGGUAGCUCUCUUGGUUGGGGCGGUUCUAAUCUUCGUUGGGGUUGCUGGGUUCGGGACAUACAGGAUGUGGAGAAGAAAGAAGACAGGGCAUGGCAUAUUCAUGGAGGAACAGGGUCUAUCACAUGAUUCAUACAGGGAACUGCUGAGAUCUUCAAGCUUUGGAGCUGUUGAGCUCUGCAAGAGAUGACAAGAGGCCACUGACUUUUCUCAACCCCAGUUGGGUCGGGUCUGAAUCGGACGAAGUGUGAGGAAAGGACCGAUUCAAUCCCCUGUUUAUCAGCCCACGGGGGUUUUCAGCUUCACUGGUCACUGAAUUGGUGGAUAAAGUUCCUUAAAGGCUAUGUUUGGCUAUCAAGAAAAAAAUUAGAAAAAAUUGACAUAUUGCAAUAGAUUUAUAUGUCUAUAUUUUUAUGAAUUAAAAAAACGAAAAUCUUUUCAUGAAAUU